CCGCCGCCUCCUCCGCGCGGGCCCGCCCGCCGCCCCAGCACCACCCCCGCCAGGGCGGGCCGUCGGAGAUGGCCGCUAACCCGGAUGCAGCUACUCGGCAAGAUGGCGGCGGGGCGGGCGGGCGGCGCGUUGUGAUGCCCGUUGAGCGCUCCCCGGCCUCGCCAUGGCGGACCUGGGCCGGCAGUUGCAGGAGUACCUCGCUCAGUCGAAGGUCGCCGCCGCCGGCGGCUCCAGCGCGGCCCCCGCGCCGCCGCCGCCCGCCCGCUGCUCGCAGGAGGAGACGGGGAGCGGCGGCGGCGGCCUGGGGGCCUGGCUGGGCCCGCUGAGCCCCUUCCCGCCGGGCCGCGGCGCCCCCCCCGCAGAGGCGGCGGCGGGCUCGGGCUGGCCGUGGGCGGCCGAGGCGGACCCCUGCCUGCCGGGUCUGUCGCGCUGGCAGCGGCUGGCGGGGAGCGGGCUGUGCCUGCUGCUGGCCGCCCUCUGCUUCGGGCUGGCCGCGCUGUACGCGCCGCUGCUGCUGCUCCGCGCCCGCAAGUUCGCGCUGCUCUGGUCCCUCGGCUCGCUCUGCGCCCUGGGCGCCGCCGCCCUGCUGCGCGGGCCCGCCCGCCUGCUGCGGGAGCCCGGCCGCGGCUCCCUGCUCUACCUCGGCGCCCUGGGCGGCACCCUGUACGCGGCGCUGGGGCUGCGCAGCACCCUCCUGACGGCGCUGGGCGCCGCCGUGCAGCUGGGCGCCGCCGCCGCCGCGCUGCUGGCCGUGCUGCCCGGGGGCGCCGCCGGCCUGCGCCGCCUGGCCGGGCUGCUGGGCGCCGCGCUGCGCCGCCGCGGCAAGGCGCUGCCGGUGUGAGCCGAGGGGCGGCGGGGCUCCCGCCGGCCGCCGCGGGGAUGAGGAUCCGCACGCCGCAUCUCUUCGCCUCCUCCGCGCUCCUGCUGGGUCUCCCUCGCCGAUUACUCGAGGAAGAUGCGCGGCGGCGGGCGCCCGGGAGCGGCGCCGGUGACUCUGAACUCGUUCCGCCGCCUUCGGGGCGGCCGGUGGGGGUGCGGGCCCGCCGGGCCGCCCUCGGCUCGGGACAGCGCCCUGCCGCAGCCGUGCGGUGCGGGCGGAGCUGGCGCCCCAACCCCCCCCUCCCAUUCCCCGUCUCCCGCUGCCGCAGCCGCCGCCGAAGCGUGAGGGAGAUGCCGGAGCCGACGAGGUGUCCCCGCGGAGCCGCCCGCUGCCCGAAACGCGAGUCUGACGGCUGAGGAUGGUACACUAGCAAGCAGCGGUGAUUUCCCAUGGUUUGGAAUUUUAACAUCAGCACCACUUGUAACCUGUGGACAGAUGUGGCUGAAGUCCAGAAGAAGGACAGCAAUCAAGCAGUUCCUCAGGAAUUAAAGGAGACUAUAUCUGAUACAGUCAGCAAUCACUUAAACGAAGUUUAGAAAGCAUUUCGGGGACCUAUCGCUACAGACCUACAGUGUUCUUAACACUCAUCCCUCAGUACAUGCUACUGCCUGUUGUUGAAGACAAGCUACUGAGCGUUACGGACAUCUGGGCUGAUCAUGGAUGGCCACACUUCCACUCUUACAAGCACAGAACUCAUAAGAAACUACUUAAAAAAAGUCAGCUUUCUAAAGGACAACAGAAUGAAGGCCGAGACACAAAAGAUAUUUCAGUUGAAGGACACUAGCACAAGCAUGAAUAUUAACAAAUAAUCUAUUCUGAAAAUUAAGAGGGGGGGGGAAAAAAGCUCUUAACAAGAGUUUUCCACUUGGAGUAACAGGGAGCCAAAAACUGCUUUUGAACAGGACAAUAAAGAAGAGAUACGAUGGUGGAGAGCUGAUUUGGAUCUGAUGUCCCAGAAAAUCCCUCUGCUCAUAUGCUCCCUGUAAGACUGGUCUUCAGCUUCACAGCUGGUAAGAUCAAAUAUUUACCAGUUCAGCGUUAUCCCCUCUGAACAGAUAAGGAAUUCUGGAUAAGCCUACUGUUGGGAAAUGUGCCGGCGUUACAUAAAGUUUUCAAUACAAGGGGCUUUUUACCUUUGC